AUUAUAAAACGAUAAAAUACAAUUCUGCCUUAUAUAUAUAUACUUUAUUUUAGUAUAAUCAAUUUCGAUCAUAUUAAUUAAAUAAUGGGUAAAUAAUGGGAAUAUAAUUCUUCGAACAUUUUCCAAAUUCUUACGUUAAUAGGAUAUCAACUUGUGAUAGGUGGAAUAUCGAUAUCGAAUUUGCCAAAGAGUUUUUAGAUGAAAUCACAAAUGAGAUAUUUAGUUCCUUCCAACUUGUCCAUUCCUCCCAUAAAUUUCAUGCAUAACGCUUCUAUGAAUGAUCCUAAUAAUUAUGAUAAUGAAUCAAUCGAUAUAAAAAACUUACACCUAUCCGUAUCCAAUCUUAUGCUAAUCUUCAUAGUUGUAUAUAUGGCAAUAUUCAUUGUGGGUCUGUGCGGAAAUAUUUCCGUGAUAUACAUAAUUUUCAAAUUCCCCAAAAUGAAAACCGUAACCAACCUUUAUAUUCUUAAUCUAGCCGUCGCCGAUAUAAUGUUUUUGAUAGGAAUACCUUUUUUGGUUAGCAACAUAGCUCUCAAUAGUUGGCCAUUCGGGUAUUUUAUGUGCAAGGUGUAUUGGAUAACAGCUAUCGUGAACCAAUUUGUUAGCAGUGUAUUUUACAUGGUAUUAUCCGGGGAUAGAUUCGUGGCCGUUUAUUUAGCUCUUACGGCUGCAAGAAAAUACAGAAAACCAUUUAUAGCUAAGGUUGUUUGUGCGGGAGUUUGGGCAUUCUCGACCUUAGUGAUGAUUCCCAUAAUAAAAUAUUCCAGGGCUGUGGCAACCAACAAAAGUCCGUACACGGGGCAAUAUCUUUAUAGUUGUCAAGUUAUCUGGCCCGAACCAGGAUCAGUCAAAUUACUUACCAAGUUCGACGCGAACAAGGCGUUCACUCUUUAUUCCUUUCUGUUUGGAUAUGGGAUUCCGGUAUUAUUAACUAAUGUGUUUUAUUUUUUUGUGCUCGUUAAACUUAAAUCGAUAGGACCAGAGGUUAAGAAAGCACAAAACAUUAGUAAUCCUAUAUAUGGUACUGUAUCAAACAUUAUACGAGGUAUGAGAAAUCAUGUUUUUACAGGAGUACAACACAAAAAUAGUACAUAUGGAUCGGGGCCUGACAAUAUUAAUAAUCGGGAUUGCUUAAGUAGAUUCCGAAAUAAAAAGGAUAAAAUUCCAUCAUCCAAUCUAACAGAGGAGUGUUACAUAAAAGAACCCUCAUACAUAACAUCUCUCUUGCCUUCGUCUAUGAAGGAAAAUUACGAAAUAUCCACAUUUAAGAAUACAUCUAACGUUUAUUCGAAAAAGAGUGAUAAUUUCUCAAAUAAGGACGGCAAAAGGAAUUUUAGUAGCGGUAAUCCACCAGCUGGAAAUUCAUAUGAAAAACGAAAAAAACGUAAUAUUAGAAGGGUGACCUCUAUGGUAUUGACUAUCAUAACAGUAUAUGUGUGUUGCUGGACACCUUAUUGGGUCAUGCAAUUACUUAUAGGUUUCAAUAAUUCUAUUCCACCUUUCUACGUUUCGAUGUUUAUUUAUUUUUUAGCCUAUGCCAAUUCCUGUGUUAAUCCCAUUCUCUAUGCCUUUUUGAGCCCUAAUUUUAAGACGGGCUUCAUCCAAACCUUCAAUAUUCCCUGUUUUCGCAAUCGAUUUCUUAGAAAGCAUACCGUUCAUAAGCUAGAUUUGAAAGGUCCACUAAUGGAAUCAAUGUUAGAUACUCAUUCCAAAUACGGAGAGCAAGACAUUAAUAUUCGUAAUAAUUCAUUGAUAAAAACAAAUGUAAUAGACAAUAAUGAGAAAUACGAUAUUAAUAAACUUUGCCCUAACAAAGCCUUUUAUACCAAAGAUAAAAAAAUAAAAAAUUCUAUUAAAAAGCCUAAAACCCAGUUUCAAAUUGAUGACGAGGCAUCCAUAAUGGAUACUAGUUGUUAUUAACACAUUUGAAAUACAUAUUUUUUAAAUUUACCAAAGAAUUAAAAUAUUGUAUAUAAAGUGAAACUGCUAAAUCAAAUUUACUAACAAUAUUCUCCAUCUUGUUGUCUUAUCAUAAAUAAUUAAAUUUUAAUAUUAUAUAAUUUGGAUGGUAUUUGAAAUUUUAGUGUUUAUAUAAAAAACCAAAUCAUUGUGAUUAUUGUCUAAUAUAAUAUAAAUUAUUUAUUAAACAUUUUUUUUGUGUAUUAUAAUAUAAAAUUUUUUUACUGAAUAUUAUGGAAAACCAAAUGACAACAAAAAAUUUAAAAAUUAAAAUUAUUAUUGUAUUAUCCAUUGACAUGACAAAUAAUUAUUUUUUUAUUGAUCU